UUCUCACCUGACAAGUUUCAAAAUGAUCGGAAUAUAGUGAAAUUGACUCAUAUCGUGAAUUAAAAAAGGAUUUAAUUUUUUAAAGGACUAAAGAUUAAGUAAUAUUAAAAAUGGCAGUAGUGGCUGUAAAAUUUUUAAAUGUGAUACCAGUAAGGUUGAACUUGUGGAUAAUGCUGUUCACGAGUUGUUGGGUGAUUUACAUGCUUCGAGUGAAUAUGAGUCUGAACAUAAUCGCCAUGGUGCCACAAGCAAGCCAAGGAAACGUUUCGACGCGAUCGCAGUGUGGCCAAGAUAAUGUGACGAACGAGACCCUCCAUCAUGAGGACAUCGCUGACGUCAGGCAAGCACCACGGCAGGUACCAGGUGGAGCGUCAUUUGAUUGGUCAACAGAUCAGCAGGCUUUGAUCCUUGGGUCGUACUUUUGGUCGUACCCUGUGACGUCACUAAUUGGUGGGAUGGCGUCUGAACGAUGGGGACCCCGUUACGUAGUCCUCAUAGCCACAGCAGUCAGUGCUGUUCUCACUGGACUUAGCCCGGUCGCAGCUAGAAUUAAUCAUAUAGCCCUUGUUGUUAUACGAUUUGGACUUGGUCUUGCGGGGGGGUUCGUGUAUCCAGCUCUUCACGUUCUGGUAGCAAGAUGGGCUCCUCCAGCGGAAAAAGGGAAAUUUGUGAGUGCCAUGAUGGGCGGUACCUUAGGCACAGUCGUCACUUGGUCUCUCGCCGGACCCCUAAUAGAAAAAUUCGGAUGGGCCUCCGCGUUCUAUGUACCGGCAGCCAUGUCAUUAAUAUGGUGUUUAUUUUGGUGGUAUCUAGUAGCAGACACACCCUCGGAACACCCUAGAAUCUCGGAAAAAGAGAAGAGAUAUAUUUUAGACGCACUCGGGGACAAGGUCAAGAAAUCUAAGGGCUUACCACCUUUCAAAAGUAUAUUUACAUCACUCCCCUUCUUGGCCAUGGUGUGCAUUCACUACGGAAACUUAUGGGGGCUCUACUUCAUUAUGACCGUUGGACCAAAAUUUGUAUCCAGUGUGUUAGGAUUCGAAUUGUCUGCUGCCGGCGUGAUUUCUGCUCUCCCAUACUUAGCUAGAAUGUUCUUUGCCACUAUUUUUGGAGUUAUUGGAGACUGCAUUUUAGCAAGAAAGAUGAUGACGACGACAACAAUAAGGAAAUUCUUUUGCCUGUUCUCACAUAUCAUUCCCGGGAUUCUAUUAGUAAUGCUUGUUUACGCUGGUUGCUCAACUGCGCUGUCAGUAUCUCUGAUAACAUUAUCCAUGGGCUUUAAUGGAGCAGCAACUUUGACCAAUCUGCAGAACCAUCAGGAUUUAGCUCCCAAUUAUGCUGGAACUUUGUAUGGAAUCGCCAACUUCUUAGGAAGUACCGCUGGAUUUUUCACACCUAUGAUUACUGCAUACUUUACUAGAGAUGGGAAUAGUUUCGAGCAAUGGCGUCCUGUUUUCUUCGUUGGAGCAUCAGUAUAUAUUGUAACUGCUAUAUUCUUCGUGAUAUUUGGUACCGGAGAAAUACAGCCAUGGAACUUUGGUGACGAUGAUGCUGCUGCCAAAGAUGAUAAAGAAAAUGGAGACAUGAAAGUGAUGAAAAAUAUAUCAACUAAUAAUGGUGAUACUAAAGACGUAAAAGAAACUUCACUUACAGUUGAAAAAUAAUAGUAUAUAUAAUAGUAUUAAAACAGGUACUGCUUACGCCACAAUCAAAGCAGUAUCAUAAAUUGAAUCUCAAAAUCUUGAAAAUGAGAUCAAGAGGGUAUGCUGAAUUGCUCAUGUACGUACAUUAAAUUAACUAUUUAUUUAUAGGCAAAAAAAUCACACGUAUGUAUCUUACAAAGACUAUCUGAAGGACUUACAUUAGUGUAGUUACUAUUUUUACUAUUAUCUUUGACUUUCCAUAAUAGCAGACUGGCUUUUAUUCUCUAUGCUUACGUCUUGACAUAUUUAUAACAUGCGAAUUAUGCAUUUAAUUAAUUAAUUUAUGAUGUAAAUUUUAAGAUAGUUUUUAGAAGCUCUGAUUGAUAAAAAGUAUUACUUUAGUAAGUAUUCUACUUUUGACUAAAGCAUUUUACUCGUGUAACAUCAUGACAUGACAUGUCAUUAUUAUAUUAAUAUGUUUGCUGUGAUCUUUAGUACCAAAUUAUAUGAUUAUAUGAAAACAUUAAAUUAGAUAUUUAGUAUUAUAAUAAAUAUUGUAGACGUAUAUACCUAAUUAAGUAAAUACUCAUAACCGAUUGUUCUUAAAUCAAUACAUAUCAAUAGACACCUCACACAUGUUUAGUUAUUUUUUGUUUUUUUUUUAACACUGACAAUUAAUUUUAAAGUUUUCAAUGCUAUGUAACUCUAUUUUAAUGAGCAUUUCGACUUUUUACACAUUAGAUAAAUGAAAUUCCUAAGAUAUCUCUUUAAGCUUUGAACAUAACUACAUGAUGUAAAUAAACUUAAUUUUCUGCAUUUUCUAAUCGACGUCAUUCGAACUAAGUACCUAUAAUUGAUCCAAAUCGAUGCAUCUAUUGAUUGAUUGGCUUCAAUGACAUUGUCGAGUAUGGUCACCAUCAUGCACAAAAACAAAAAAAUAUAUAUAACUUUUCUUCGAUUACCUUUUUCCACUCUUUACGUGGGGUGGGCACAUUUUUUUUCUUUUGCUAUUCAUAUUGAAAAGAUUUCGCUUCAGUUUUAUGACCGUGAUGUGUGUGCCCUUGCCCUUUAGUCCCUGUUACGACGUGCACAGGAAGACGUGGAGUGGCCAUAUUCUAUUCUGCCUGCAGUCACGCAACUAUUUUGUUUAUAUCUAAUUACUAUCUAUGAAUUAUUUUUAUCCACGUGACAAUAAUUGAGUGAGGAAUCUCAGGUCAUAAAUAUUACAAUAAUUAAGCCAUUCAAUCAAUAGAUGCAUCGAUUUGGAUCAAUUAUAGGUAUUUCAAUACUGACAGUCAAAAGUUUAUCUCAUUUUAAUGUAAAGUUAAUAAAUAAUCAACUUUGUUUAAUAAUAAAGUGUCUUAUUUGUUACUUCGGCAUGUGUGAUCUUGUGAUGUAACGAUGUUAAUAUGAUUAUAUACUUAUGAUAAAUUAUUUGAAUAUAAUAUACCUAAUAUUGAUAUUAGAUGUAACGUUGUUGAAAAAAAAUUAAAUAUUAAUAACAAUAAAAGUGAUAUUGAAAUGAAAACAAAUAAAAUUAUAAUUACUUAUGACUAAUUAUUUUUAUUUAAUGGACCUGGAAUUAAAACGUUUAAUCGGUUUUAUUAAACUGCAUACUUAAAAUGUUGUAACGAAGUUUCUAAGGUUUAUG